CUUGUCCAACGCGAGUUUGAUGUCACGGCGGAUCCGCGGCGAAGCAAAGCCGCGAGGCAGGAACAACAACAACAUCAAAACCGAAACACAAGCGCGCGCUGCAGGGGCGCGUCUGACUGGCACGAGCGGUGCUGUUGCUGUGUAUUGUGUGUAUUAUUGUGUGCUGAGCGCGCGCUGAGGUGUGCAGAACAGCAGAAGCAUGCAGGCUGAUUUCGGGAGGUUCACGCACGCGGUGAUUCGUGCGGCGCCCGACUCGUUAGCGGCGCAGGCGCUGCGCUCCGGACCGGCGGAGCUGCAGGUGGACAUGGAGGCGGUGCGGCGCGAGGAAGAGCAGUACGUGUCGGUGCUGGAGAAGACGCUCGGGCUGCGCGUGGUCCGGCUGGAGGCGGACGAGGAGCUGCCGGACUGCGUGUUCGUGGAGGACCCGGCGGUUGUGUGCGGGAACACGGCGCUCAUUACGAGACCCGGGGCGCCCAGCCGGAGAAAAGAGACUGAAGCCCUGAAGACUGCACUGGCUAACCUAGACCUGAACAUUGUGGAGAUGACGGACGAAUCGGCUACACUGGAUGGAGGAGAUGUUCUGUUCACAGGUAGAGAGUUCUUUGUGGGUUUAUCCAAGAGGACCAAUCGCAGAGGAGCAGAGAUCUUAGCAGAUACCUUUCAGGACUAUGCUGUGUCCACUGUGCCUGUACUGGGCACUCUGCACCUGAAGAGUUUCUGCAGUAUGGCUGGUCCAGGGCUUAUUGCGAUUGGCUCCAGUGAAGCAGCCCAGAAAGCCUUAAAGACGAUGCAGCAGAUGAGUGAUCAUAAGUAUGAUAAGCUUACGGUUCCUGAUGAUCUCGCUGCAAACUGCAUCUACAUGAACCUGCCAGAUAAAGGCCACGUCCUCCUCCACUGCACACCUGAGCAGUUUCCAGAGAGCGCAAAGGUGUUUGAGAAGCUGAAGGACCACAUGCUGAUCCCUGUCCCCAACGACGAGAAGAGGAAGGUGGACGGAUGUCUGACCUGCUGUUCUGUUCUCAUCAACAAACCUAGCAAGCUCAUUCUGACUACUUCACUUGCACAGAUCUCCAUAUCGAGGGAGGGCUUAUCCACUAGCACAAUGACGUGCUCCACUCAUCAGCAGCUUGGUUGUUGAAGGGAUACUGGGGUUGAGCAUUAUGAGAACUCAAAUCCUUAGAGCAAAUCGCCAUGAUGUAAGAGCUAGUGAUGUAAUGUUCCUGUUCCUGUCAUAGGCUAAUCCACUUCUUACAUAUAUUUAGUAUCUUUCAGGUGGUCUAAACUGUUUUAAAAGGUCAGUGUGGUUAUAAAAAUCAUUUGAAAAUGUACUGAACACUAGUUAAGCUGUUAUGUUUUCGUUUGAGUUUGAUGGUUUACCUUGAAUGACUUUACCAAGAGGGUUCUCAAGCAGCUCAAUCUGGUUGAAUAAUUGGAUAAAGUUUGUUGAUCCUUUUGGUAAAACUGUGUAAAUGUGUGGUCAGAUUGAUCAUACAGAUCAAUCCCUAGCUUGAUCAUGUCGGUAGACCAGCCAAACCAUCAGACUCAGACUGAAAACAAACACAGUGCUCAUUAAUAGCUUAGAAGGUCUCUUUCUUGAGCUGGCCAGGCAGAUUUGUUGAAUCUAUGUAUGUACUUUAAUUUAAACUCUAAAAUAAGUAAUUUGUAUACAUUUUGUCUGCAGUCUGGAAAGCUUGCCCAUCUUGGAGACAUGUUUGUGAGUGGAUUAUAGUAACAUAAUGAUCAUAAAAACUUUGGUUGCUUUAGUUAUAAGGCAUUUCAAACACUUACUCCAGAGAAACCUCAAUAAAAAAGCAGGGAUAAAAUUCUACAUAGAAAUAAUAAUAAUGUUGCCUUUAAGAUAGACUACCUCCCAACCACAAAUACUUAUUUAUUCUGACUCCAAUCAACACAAUGAGCCUUUAUUAACACACCAGUUCAGAAUCUUACUGCUACCAGAUGCCUUUAGCAUUGCUAACUAGAUCCACCUCUAAGUUUCUGAAGUGGGAGUACAGCUGUUUAGUUAUCUUACAGAGUUUAAACUAUAAAAAAAGACUACACUAAUAGCUUAGUCAAGAAUGCUAAUGCUAAUGUGUUAGCAUGGGAAGUUGAACUAUUGUUAAUGAUGUGAGAAAUCCUGUGGUGCGUGAUGAUCCUUUCUACCUUUGCUGUUUUAAAUGUAUGAUGUAGCAACCCGUUUAUAUAGACUAUAACUCAGGUUCCUUCAUUUUAGACUUGUGUGAUCUGUGAGAUUAGCUAGAUAGCUAUAUGCUAAAUGUGCCAUUAUAGACCUGGGUGAUGCCCACCUUGCACUGUGUGUUCUCUUUAUUUUAUGUCACAAUUUUGAUUCGAUUUAGAAAAUAAAAUUUUGCGCAAAACUGA